CUCUGUUCCACUGUUACGCGCGCACACACUGGUCAGAAGUGGUCAGCCAUGCAGGUGUUACGGCAGCCGAGUCCUACCUGUCUCCUUCUUUGUCUCCUCCUUUGUGUCCUGGCUUUCCUCGUCACCUGUACAGAAGUCAAAUCAGUAAUAAGAAGCGUCACGCUGUCCGUGGACCCCGCGGCGGACGUGGAGCGCGGCGCCAACCUGACGCUCACCUGCGCCGUCGACGCCGCCCACUCCGGCGGCGUCAUGCCGGCCUACCAGUACAGCUUCUUCAAAGACUACGAAAAGCGCGAACUGGCACGCCCGCAGCCGACCGACAACGUCGGGCGCGUGGUCUACUCCAUCCCCAGCGCGCGCGCCAUUCACUCGGGCAAGUACCAGUGCAAGGUCGUGAUCGACGGACAGAACUGGGUGAGCAACUUCAGGGACGUCGUAGUCAGAGGGCUGCAGGCGCCAGUGCUGACCGUGGACAAGACGGCGGUGCGGGAGGGCGAGACUGUGAGCAUCACGUGCAGGGCGGACGGGGAGAUGGGCAAGCUGACGUUCUCCAUCAAAGACGGCUCCGACGAGGUCCACCGGAAGGAGACCGACAGCGGCCACAUGCAAGAGAUCAUUCCCCUCCGCUCGGCAAGGACUGCGUCACUGACCUGCUCCUAUUUCCUCGCCAUAGGAACCAAAACCUUGCAGUCAAAUGUCAGCAAUGUGCUCAGUGUUGCUGUGCACGAGCUUGACAUCACACCCUCUGUCACGGUGCACCCACAGACAGGGGUGAUUGAAGGAGACACCGUGAACAUCACAUGUAGUGUGAACCCGCACUACCAGGACCUGUCUUCACUCUCUCUGAACCUCAUGAAAGGGCCAAAGAUCCUGGACAUGAAAAACGCCACGUACAGCAAGUGCGUCCUGGCAAGCGACUCUGGGGAGUAUGAAUGCAGUGCCGAGUUGGAUGGCGUGAGAAAAUCCGGUUCUGUGAAUCUUACAGUCAGAGAGCUGUUCUCCCAGCCAACGGUGACUGUAACUCCCACCGAUGUGUUUGAGGGUCAGGACUUCACCGUCCACUGCAGAAGCUUAGACUUCGCAUCAGAGAGAAUCCGUCGCGAUGACGUGAAGUACUCGAUCUUAAGGAACGAGGACAAUGUGACGCUCGGCCGGUUUGAUGGCACGUACAGGGCGAUGGCGGGAACCAAGACCAAUGGGAAUUACACGUGUAGCGCUCAAGUGCGCACCAUCGUCAAACGGAGCACCUCGGUGUCCUUUGAAGCCAAAGUGCUCGUCUCCAGGCCUGUGAUCACGGUGGACGAGCGGGUGGUCCUGGGUCGCCCCUUCAAUAUUUACUGCUAUUCAGAGAACGGGAGCUUGCCCAUUAACUACACCCUGAUUUGGAAGCGCACCGUCUUGAAUCAUAGCAUUUUGACGCACACCAGACAACAGGCCCAGUUCACUGCCACAGUCCACUCAGAGGCUGACGUCCACAGCCUCGCGUGCGGGGCCCAGAACUAUGACCGCAAGCAGCCUCUGAUGAGUAGCACUCUCAAGGCAUCGGUUACGGUUCCCGCGCAGAAGGCGUUCCUCACCGUCGUCCCGACACCCGAGGACAUCGUUGAGGGCCACGACAUCUACCUCAUAUGCAGCAUCAUGAGGGGCACACCACCAUUCACCAUCAAAUGGUACCGCCAGGAUGACAGGGGUCUGCUGUACACCAACACCGUGUCGACCAACUCCUCGUCCCACACCCUUGUGGGCGUGCACAAUGAAAACAGCGGCACGUACUACUGUGAUGUCCAAAACUACGGCAGUGACAGGGCCUUGAGCAACAAAGUAAGCUUCACAGUGAACAUGGCCAGGUGGAAGAAAGCCCUAAUCAUCGGCGCUUGCCUGCUGGCUUUAGCAGUGGUGGUGGUGGUGGUGUUGAUUCGCUACAGGGCUAAGCGAGCUCGCGUGAGCAGCGGCAGCAAAGCAGGCAUGUGGAGCAAGAGGCCUCCAGGUCCAGCACACUGCAGUGAGGUAGGAGAUAUGGAGGAACCAGAGGAGUCUAACGUGGAGUAUGCAGAAGUGAUGCAUUCAAAUGCAGUGAACCCCACACUCGUUCCAUUGAAGAAAGGAACAGACACGGUAUACAGUGAGGUUCAGACCUCUUCUCAAGGGUUUGUGUAUUGAGUAGGAGAGCUCCCCUUAAUUCCAUGUGACGACAAAGCAGUACAACUCAGCUUCGUUCAUCCCUCUGUUCUGUGCAUCUGAAAGCCUCGUGUCUACAGUAUAAAAUGUGCUUGUUGAAAUGGGUAAACUGGAAAAAAAAAAAAAAAAACUUACUGGACAAAUGUUUUUUUUGUUGUUGUUUUGUUUAUCAGCCAUAACAUUGCAUUAGUUAAUUCAAAGUAGUUAGAAUUUUUUUGUUUUUUCGUACAGAAACCAUGUGAGUAUACAACUACUCACCUUUAGCAGGUAGCUUCUUUUAUAUGUUAUUUGAUUAAGUAGGUACGGUGGACUAUGAGGGUCAUAUUAUCAUUUUGAUAUAGUAGUGGAAGCCGUGCAUUAGGGUACUCUGCAAUUCCAAAAUAAGGGAUAUUCCAGUGUUUUUAAAGAGCAGUUGGUGAUGGUCCAGGGAUAAAUGCUGGGAUAGUACUUUCUGCCAGUUGUUACUGGACAGUGAUCCUAUGCUAUCUUAUUAUUCCCCAAACCCAUUUCUUUCCCAGUGUGGCUGCUGGUAAUUUUGCACUGAAAUGUGUGUUCGUACUUCUUAAACUGCUUUCUUUGUUUGCCAUUUUUACAAAAUAAACAA